AUUUUUUUUUUUUUUUUUUAUCUUUUAUUAUAGAAAUCGUGUAUACAUAUAAGCACUGAUAUUAUAAGCGUUUACGGUAUAAGUUGUUUAUUCAACAGAGCCUAAGCCAUUAUCGCCGUUUUAAAUAUAAGGUUCACAACUUCAAUCUGAGCCGCGAAAUAACUAUUUUUUGAUGUUGUUGAAACCACAAUGCGACCAUAGUGGAGUCUGCAUCGGCCACAUUUGACCAAAAUUGUCCGAAUAUCGAAGAUCGCGACAUGACCACAACCGACCUCUAUUUAAAACCCUGAUAUGCUAUUCAGUUGAAAGAUUGAAGCUAAGUUCAAUUCAAGGCAAACAAAGAAAAUAUGGAUGAUGGAAAUUCUGAGGUUUCUGAUAAACUUUCAGAUAAUGUUCUAUUUUCAAAUCCAGAAUCAUGUAGCAAUUUUCAAACUUCAACAUCUUUAAACACAGUUACUGAAUUGUCUAAUAGCACCACAAAAACAUGCAUUCACACUCACACUUGUAAUCCAUCUGGUCCUGAUGAUGUUUAUCACACACACACAUGUUUUCACACACAUACUCAAGUUUUUGCAUCUGAAGAUGACACAAAUUCAAUACCAAAAAGGACUUCUGGAAAUAGAGAAGCUGUUAAAAAGUAUAGGGAGAAGAAAAAGGCAGAAACAGCUUAUUUGGAAGAAGAAGUUAAGAAAUUGAAACUUGUGAACCAACAACUUCUAAGGAAACUACAAGGGCAGGCACUACUUGAAGCUGAAUUGUUAAGGUUAAGGAACAUUUUGGUACAGCUUAAGGGAAAAGUUGACAAUGAAUUAGGUUCUUUCCCUUUUGAGAAAAAUCUGCCAUGUUUGCAUCCACAUGCAGAUCAUCAUCUAAGGUUAACACUUGUGCAUAUUGCAAACCACAUGAGUAGUACUAAAGUUUUUGACCAAUUGUUAUUUAUGCCACUUUAGAAUUGGAUUGAAGGUGUGUUUGGUGUUGACACUUUGGAAUUGGAUUGAAGGCGUGUCUGGUAUCCAGUACAUGUUACAUUUAAUCACUUCCAGUUUUUAAAUUAUUACUGGUGUCUAUGUGUCAGUUUCGUGUCUGUGUUAGUACUUCAGAGAUUGUUAUCUCUAAUUGCAUUUUUGGUAGUUAGGUGAGACUAAAUACAUAUAAUUAGUGUUAUGUUAUUAUAAUAGGCUUGUUAGAUACAUAAAGAUAACAUAUGUAAUGAAGCUUGAUUUCUAUAAUGUAUAGAAUAUGUAUACAAAGGAAGUGUUUUUGCAAUUUGUACAACAUGUAGAAAGUGUAUAGAAUAUCUUCUUUCCUAAUUUUGAUGAUGUAUAACUGUUAACAUGAGAAAAGUUUGUAAUAAUUACUAGAGCUAUAGUUAGCUAUGA